AUGGCAGAUCAAGAAAGGACACUGGAGGAGCUUUCAUCUCCUGAUGUUAAUUACCAAGCUUUGUGCCUCGAAUUUCCUACUGUAGAAACUAUUGCUUUUGAACUUAAACCUGGACUAAUAAAUCUUUUGCCCAAGUUUCAUGGUUUAGCAGGUGAGGAUCCGCACAAGCACUUGCUGGAGUUUCAUAUCGUAUGCACGAACAUGAAACCCCAAGGAGUUACAGAGGAGGCGAUCAAACUCCGAGCUUUUUCUUUCUCUUUGCAGAGUGCUGCUAAGGAUUGGCUAUACUCUCUAUCACCAACAUCUGUCACAUGCUGGAAUGAUCUGAAGAGGGCUUUCUUGGAAAAAUUCUUCCCUGCAUCUCGAACUGCAUCUAUAAGGAAGGACAUAUGUGGCAUCCGACAGAUUACAGGAGAGACACUCUAUGAGUAUUGGGAGCGGUUCAAGAAGCUUUGUGGCAGUUGCCCCCAUCAUCAAAUUAGCGAUCAACUUCUGAUCCAAUACUUCUAUGAAGGACUGCUACCUAUGGAUCGGAACAUGAUUGAUUCAGCCUCUGGAGGAGCAUUAUUUAACAAAACACCCGCUGCUGCGAGGAAUUUGAUUGAGACAGUGGCAGCCAACUCUCAACAAUUUGGCACUCGUGUAAUUUCGCAAACCAAGGCUGUGAACGAGAUUCGCAUUGCUGGUACAACAGAUAGCCUCAUUACAAACAAAUUGGAUGAUUUGCAAUCUAUGAUUAGACAGAUUGCCUUGAAUCAGAACCAAUGUGCACCUGUUCCCACGCCUCAGCGCACUGCUGUCGUCUGCGGUAUCUGCACUUCACCUGAGCAUCCCACUGAUGCAUGUCCUACCCUUCGAGAGGACGAACAACAAGCCGUGGUCAAUGGAGUUUUCACUAGAGUACAACAAUACAGACAACAAAAAUAUGAUCCUUUCUCUAACACUUACAAUCCUGGCUGGAAGGAUCAUCCAAAUCUCAGAUAUGGUAAUCAACAGCAGCAAUCAUUCCAACCCCCAUAUCAGCAGCAGCAAAACAGGCCUCAACAACAACAGUUUCAGCAAGCAGUGCAACCUCCAGCUAAGUUUUCACUUGAGGACCUUGUCCGACAAAAUGCUACUUCCAUUCAGAACAUGGAGAAAAUGCUUGGCCAACUUGCAUCUACAGUCAAUCAGUUACAAGCACAAGGUUCUGGAAAGCUUCCUGCACAACCAGAAAUCAACCCUAAUAGUGCAAAUACAAGCAAUGUAAGUGCUAUCACUUUACGUUCUGGAAAAACAACUAACUUUCCUGCAGGUAAUAAUGUUGUCGUUGAAGAUGAUUCCGAUGAAGAUGAUUCAACAACCCCUGAUGUUACUGUACCUAGAGUUGAUUCUACAAGUGAUGCACUUCCUGAUCCUAAUCCUGAAGCUAGAUUUGUUGUCCCUCCCCCUUUUCCUCAAAGAGUUGCGAAGCAGAAAAAGAUGAACAUGCUGGAAAAGGAAAAGAAUGAGAUAAUGGAAAUAUUCAGAAAAGUAGAGAUCAACAUUCCACUUUUGGAGGUGAUAAAGCAGAUUCCAAAAUAUGCAAAGUUUCUGAAGGACUUGUGCACUCACAAGCGCAGAUUGAAAGAAACUGACAAAAAUUGUCAGAAUGUUUCUGCCCUCAUCCACCAACAUCAAGCCUUGCCUCCUAAAUGUAAGGAUCCAGGUACAUUCUCUAUCCCAUGCACAAUAGGAAAAUUUGAAUUUGAUGAUGCCAUGAUAGACUUAGGAGCUUCCAUAAAUGUUAUGCCUCUGUCUAUAUUUAAAUCACUUGGUCUUGGUCCUCUUAAGCCUACAGGAGUUGUGAUUCAACUGGCAAACAGAAGUAGUGCAUAUCCCAAGGGUUUGAUAGAAGAUGUGCUCGUGAAAGUGAACACCUUGAUAUUUCCUGCUGAUUUCUACAUUCUUGAUAUGGCAGAAGAGUCUCCAAACAAUGCGGGUCCUUUAAUUUUAGGAAGACCUUUCCUCAAAACUGCAAGAACAAAGAUAGAUGUGUAUGCUGGCACAUUAUCUAUGGAAUUUGGUGACUGCUCAGUAAGGUUUAAUAUAUUUGAAGCAAUGAAGUACCCAAUGGAACAACAUUUUGUUUUCCACAUUGGUUUGAUGUCUGAUUUGGUUAAUGAGUUUUCUCAUGAAUAUCUUACUUCUGAUUCUCUUAACCUUGCUGAUGCUUUUGACAUGUUUGAUGAACCUGGGGACAAUAAGCUUGCAGAUUAUACAGGUACUGAAGAAAUUCACUCUCUAGAAGUGGCACCUACCACGAAAUUGCUUCCUUCUGUGGAGCAACCCCCUGGAUUGGAGCUGAAGCCUCUUCCUGAAAAUUUAAAAUAUGUGUACUUGGCAGACCGUGAAAAACUCCCAGUUAUAAUAGCAAACAAUCUGCCCCAAGAUAAUGAAGCAAGGUUGCUGGAAGUAUUGAAGAAACAUAAGAAGGCAAUUGGUUGGACUUUAGCAGAUCUUCCUGGUAUCAGCCCAACUACAUGCAUGCAUAGGAUUCUGAUGGAGGAUGAUGUUAAACCAGUGAGGCAGCCCCAAAGAAGACUCAACCCAGUAAUUUUGGACGUGGUAAAGAAAGAGAUCACAAAGCUUCUGCAAGCUGGAAUAAUUUAUCCAAUUUCCGAUAGCAAAUGGGUGAGUCCAGUGCAAGUUGUGCCCAAGAAGAGUGGAAUUACAGUGGUGAAAAAUGAGAACAAUGAGCUAAUUCCCACAAGAGUGCAGAAUAGCUGGAGAGUGUGCAUUGAUUACAGGAAGCUGAACCAAGCAACCAGAAAAGAUCAUUUUCCCUUGCCCUUCAUUGAUCAGAUGUUGGAGCGUUUGGCAGGAAAAUCCCAUUACUGUUUCCUUGAUGGUUUUUCAAGAUAUUUUCAGAUUCACAUUGCCCCUGAGGAUCAAGACAAGACAACCUUCACCUGCCCAUUUGGCACUUUUGCUUAUAGGCGUAUGCCUUUUGGAUUGUGCAAUGCACCUGGAACUUUUCAAAGAUGCAUGGUAAGUAUAUUCUCUGAUUUUCUAGAAGAAUGCAUAGAGGUUUUCAUGGACGAUUUUACUAUCUAUGGUACAUCUUUUGAUACUUGUUUGAGUAGUUUGGAUAAGAAAGGCAUAGAAGUAGAUCCUGCUAAGAUAAAUGUGAUUUCUCAAUUGCCUUACCCCACAUGCGUGAGGGAGAUUCGUUCUUUUCUUGGACAUGCAGGUUUUUACAGGCGCUUCAUCAAGGAUUUUAGCAAGAUUGCAUUGCCAUUAUCCAACUUGCUGCAAAAAGAGGCAGAAUUCAAAUUCAGCCAGGAAUGCAAGGAUGCUUUUGAUGUUCUAAAGAAGGAUCUUACCACCACACCUGUCAUUCUACCACCAGAUUGGACACUCCCCUUUGAGCUCAUGUGUGAUGCUUCCAAUUAUGCGGUUGGAGCUGUCCUUGCACAAAGAAUUGGAAAAGUCUCUCAUGCCAUUUAUUAUGCUUCUAGAACUUUGGACACUGCACAAGCUAAUUACACAACUACUGAAAAAGAACUUUUAGCCAUUGUUUUUGCUUUAGACAAAUUCAGAUCUUAUUUGCUAGGUUCUAGAGUAGUGGUGUUUUCUGACCAUGCAGCUCUAAAGUACCUUUUGAAGAAGCCAGAUGCAAAACCAAGGUUAAUUAGGUGGAUGUUGCUGCUCCAAGAAUUUGACAUUGAAAUUCGUGAUAGAAGUGGAGCUGAAAAUGUGGUUGCCGACCACUUGAGCAGAAUCGAAAGAGAUCCAGACCCUCUUCCCAUUAAUGAUUGUUUCCCUCAUGAGCAGCUUUUCAUAUUGCAUGAUUCCAUACCAUGGUUUGCUGAUAUUGCUAACUUCUUAGCUUCUUCUGUUUUACCUUUGCAGGCAUCUAAAGCACAAAUUGCUAAAUUAAAAAGCGAUGCAAGACAUUAUGUGUGGGAUGAUCCAUAUCUUUGGAAAUUUUGUAGUGAUCAAAUUGUUAGAAGAUGCAUUCCUGACCAUGAAAUUUGUGAGCAAUGUCAACGAACUGGAUCCAUCAGCAAAAGGAAAGAGAUGCCCCAACAGCCUAUGUUGUUUUGUGAGGUUUUCGAUGUUUGGGGUAUCGAUUUUAUGGGUCCCUUCCCUAACUCUUUUGGUUUCAUUUAUAUAUUACUUGCUGUUGAUUAUGUCUCAAAGUGGGUGGAAGCAAUAGCCACCAGGACUGAUGAUUCUAAAGUUGUUGCAGCAUUUGUGAGGACUAACAUCUUUUGCAGGUUUGGAGUCCCAAGAGCAUUAGUCAGUGAUAGAGGAACACACUUUUGCAACAGAACCAUGGAGUCGUUGCUCAAGAAGCAUGGGGUAGUUCACAAAGUUUCCACAGCAUACCAUCCUCAAACAAAUGGACAAGCUGAAGUGUCUAACAGGGAGAUUAAGCAAAUUUUGGAAAAGAUGGUGCAACCCAACAGGAAAGACUGGGCCAAACGUCUUGAUGAUGCUCUAUGGGCCUACAGAACCGCGUACAAAACUCCCAUUGGCAUGUCCCCUUUUAGACUUGUUUUUGGUAGAGCAUGCCACCUUCCGGUGGAGAUUGAGCAUCGUUCUUAUUGGGCAGCAAAGUGUUGCAACUUGUCUUUUGAAGAAUCUGGAAUGCAGAGGAAACUUGAGUUGCAGCAACUUGAGGAGCUUCGUUUGGAGGCAUAUGAGAGUUCAAAGAUUUACAAAGAGAAAACCAAAGUUUUCCAUGACAAAAUGAUCUCUAGAAAGGAUUUCUCUGUGGGUCGAAAAGUCUUGCUCUUCAACUCCCGCCUUAAACUUAUGCCAGGUAAGCUCCGUUCUAGGUGGGAAGGUCCUUUUGUUAUUACUAAUAUUUUCCCACAUGGUGCAGUAGACAUAAAGAAGGAAGGAGAGGAUACUAGCUUCAAAGUGAAUGGGCAUCGCCUCAAAUGUUUUUAUGAGCCUCCAAUGAUUGCGGGAGAGGAAGUGGCCUUGUCAACUCCACUCUACCCCCAUGAACUUGUCCUCCCUUGAUACC